CUUGUAACUGUCCCAUCUUUGCGUUGCCUUCCAAAUUAACCCACUUUCUCCAUUUCCUGCCUAACUUGAUUCACAUCUUCUUCAUUAUUCAGGAUCACCAAAAAAUAUUGAUCAGCCUAUUCUUUAGCAUCAAUAAUGGAUCUCAAUUUUCUUUUCUUGAUGUCUUUGCCUGCAUUUGCUGUAAUUGCUCUCUUUGCUUUCAAGAUCCGAUCUAAAAAUGGUUCCAAGAACCUGCCACCAGGGAGUUUAGGAUGGCCAGUAAUUGGGGAAACUAUUGAGUUUUUGUUUGGUAAACCAGAAAAGUUUGUUUUUGACAGGAUGAAGAAAUACUCUCCUGAAAUAUUCAAGACAAACAUUCUUGGAGAGAAAACAGCAGUUAUAUGUGGUCCUAAUGGACAUAAGUUUCUGUUCUCUAAUGAACAAAAGCUUUUCACUGCAUUUCGUCCUCAUUCCAUGCAGAAGAUAUUUCGUUCAUAUCAAUCUUCUGCUCCUCCUGCUCAAAUUUCUCGCGAAGCUGAGAUCAAAAUGUUAAGGUCACCUGGGUUCUUGAAGCCUGAAGCUUUGGUUAGAUACUUAGGGACAAUGGACUCAAUCACACAGCAGCAUAUGGAAUAUUAUUGGGUAGGCAAAGAUGAACUGAAGGUGUUUCCUCUUGCCAAGACUCUAACUCUAUCUCUUGCCUGUCGAUUUUUCUUGGGUACUCACGAACCUGACAAGAUAACUAGACUUGUUGGCAAUUUUGAUGAUAUAACUCUUGGUAUACAUUCCAUUCCUGUUAACUUCCCUGGAACCAUUUUUAACAAAGCCAAUAAGGCUGCGGCUGCCAUCAGAAAGGAGCUAAGAACGAUAAUCAAUGAGAAAAAGGCAGCAAUGGAGACAGGAGGACGUAUGCAGGAUAUACUUUCCCAUAUGAUUAUGGCCUCUGAUCCUACUGGAAAACAUAUGCCAGAAGCUGAGAUUGCUGACAAGAUUAUGGGAUUACUAGUUGCAGGAUAUAGUACGGUGGCUACUGCUAUGACUUUCUUCAUGAAGUAUGUUGGAGAGCGACCUGACAUUUAUGCUAAGGUCCUAGCUGAGCAGAAGGAGAUUUCAGAAGCUAAAAAGGAUGGAGAACUGCUGGAAUGGAAUGACAUUCAGAAGAUGAAGUACUCUUGGAAUGUAAUGUACGAGGUGAUGAGGCUAACACCUCCACUCCAGGGCACUUUCAGAGAGGCAUUGACUGAUUUUACUUUUGCUGGUUACACUAUUCCCAAGGGAUGGAAGGUAUAUUGGACUGUGAGUACAGCAAACAAGAACCCAGACUACUUCCCAAAUCCUGAAGAAUUUGAUCCAUCAAGAUAUGAAGAUGAUAAGAGACUUCCAGCUUUCACAUUUGUACCAUUUGGAGGUGGACCACGGAUGUGUCCAGGAAAAGAGUAUGCUAGAUUAGCAAUUCUGACUUUCAUUAACAAUGUGGUAAAGAGGUUCAAGUGGGAAGUUGCCAUUCCACAAGAAAAAGUCAUUGGUGAUAUGAUGCCAACCCCAGAAAAGGGCCUCCCAAUUUGCCUUAUUUCACACUAAAUUAGUUGCAUCUUUGACCUCUUUCUCUCCUACUUGUCAAACCCAAUCGCUUUCUCUCUUGCUUUGUGGGACAAAUAUCUUAGGGAAAAUAUUUAAAAGCAAGAUUUUCAUCCCUUUUCACCCUUUCUUUCUAUAUUUUAAUUUGCAGAUUUAUAGAUGAUUAAAAUGUACUUUUCAUUUCAUACCAAAAUGAGAAAGUGUACUUUUUUCAUUGAGAGUUCGUAAAUAAAAUAACAAUAGUUAACUCACAUUUGAGUUUUAGGAUUGUAA